AUGAUAAUCCGAGUGGCUGGUCCUGAAGUUGAGACUGAAUAUCAAAAAGAAUAUUUACAUAAUCCGAAUUCAAUCCUAAUAUCUACUCUACCUGGACAACUACUUUGUAAACGGAUUUUUUUUCUUAAAUGGGAGCCAAGUAAAGAUGAAUCUGAACUUCGACGAUCGAUCUCUGAUUUUAUGUUGACUGUUGUUCAAAGUGUCAAAGCCCAUAAUUAUCGAUCAAUUGCAUUUCCAGCUAUCGGAUGCGGGGAACAUAAUUGUUCCGUUAAUAUUGUAGUUGAAACAAUGGUUCGAGAGAUUAAAAGACAGCUUAGAAACAGAAAACUAUCAUGGACAGUCAAAUUUGUUAUUGAACCUGAAAAACAAAACGUUUAUGAUGAGUUUUGUACACAAAUCAUGGUAUCAGAUGAAAGUAAACUUUAA